AUGUCUGAAAUUAAUCCAAAUGAUAAUGAUACCAAUAUUUAUAAAUUAAAUGUAUUAAAAUUAAAACUAAUUUUAUUUCAAUAUUUAUCAAAAAUAUUUUUAAAAAUUUCUAUAAUCGAUUUUAAAUUGACUAGUCUAUCCUUUUCUAUGACAAAUAAAGAAUAUCAACAAUUAAAAAUAUAUAUUAGUCAAUUAAUUGAUAGAAUACCAAAACGUUUAUUAGGAGAAUUUUUAUUAAAUUUAAGUGCUUAUGAUUUAGAAAGUUUUGAUCGUUUAUUUCCUAAUAUUGAUACACGAAAUUAUUGGCGUUUACAUUUAUGUCGUUUAACAUUACAAAAUACCUAUUGGUUAAAUGAAAUUGAUUAUUUUCUAGCACGAGAUUAUUUUAAUAUACCAACAUUUGAAGCAGAACAAUGUUGUAUAACAAAUUUAAUAGUAGAUAAAUCAAAUUGUUCAAAUAGAAAUAAUGAAAUUGUAAAUGAAAAUUUAAAUUGUUUAUUAUGUCCUGAGAAAUAUUAUUAUUUUACUGUUCAUUUUUAUUGUCAUAAAUUUUAUGAACGAGAUUUAAUUGUUGAAAUUAUUGGUGAUGAUGGUUUAAAACGAGAAUUAAAUGUUCUUGUUAUACCAUUAAAAUUUUUAAAUCGAAAAUUAAAACAAAUUCGAUAUGUAUUAAAACAAUAUUCUAAUCAUAUUUAUUAUUGUAAUAAUUUAUCAUUAAAACUUAUUAUUGAUCAGAUUGAAAAUACUUUAUGGUUUAGUUAUAUUAAUGAAUUAUAUUUUGAUAUGUUAGAAUGUUCAAGAUGGAUUGAUUUAUUAAAAUAUAAAAAUCAAAUAAAUUAUUUUAGACCAAAUAUUUUAGAAUUAUUAAUUGAAAAAAAUUUGAAUGAAAAUAUAAUUGGAUUAAUGUUCAUUAAACAAAUAAUAAUUAAUAAAAAUUUAAAAAAAAUAUCUAUUAUUGGUAAACAAAGUCUCUUAUCGAUAGUAAAAUUAAUACAAAAUGAUUAUGGUACUCUAUCUCAAUUAGAAUCGAUUAAAUUGAUUAAUUUUCAUUUAAAUAAUGAUGAUCUGAAAUUAUUUGAACAAUUACUUUUAUUACCAACACUUUCUAAAAUUAAAUUAAGUCAUAUAUAUUGUUUAGAAACAUCUUCAUCUAAUUUAUUUGAAUCCAUUUUAUUUUCAAGUCUAUUAACAAAAACAAAUUUAACUCAUUUAUCAUUUGAAUCAAUAUAUUUUGAAACAAAAAAAUAUGCACACGAUUUUAUUGAAAUAAUUAAUAAAAAUCCAUUGAUAGAAUUAAGUUUAAUUAAUACAUAUUUAUCAUUCUUUAAUUCUUCAUCACAAUCGAUAGAUUUAUGGAAACAAUUUAUUGAUACAUUAUCAAAAAAAUCAACAUUAGAAAAUUUGAUUAUAAUUCGACGUAGUGCAUCAAAACAAUUAUUAAAUAUUUUAUUAGAAUAUUUAAUAAAACAUAUUGGCUUUUGUCAAUUAACUAAAUUGAUUAUUAUUCCUCUUCAAGCGCCAGAUCAACAAGAAGCAUCAUUUGAGACGUUAACAACUAACAAUAUUGAAGAUAAUUACAAUGUAUUAAAGCUCGUUAGUUUACAACCAAGACAUCAUUAUCAUCAUCAAAAUAAUCAACAAAAAAUAAUUGAACUUAAACGAUCCAAUCAUAAACUCUUAAUAAUUUACGGUCAUAAUGGUUAUUUAGUAGAACAUGAAAGUUGUUUACUUAUGUUUUAA